AGCUGUUUGCCCCACAGGGCUGCAUUAUUGUUUGUUCGUUUUUUCUUGUAUUUGUUAAAAACAAAAAUUCUCGUCUUUUUUCUUACAUAAACAAAAGCCUGCGGGGGCUAAGAGUGUGCAAAUGUUCUCUAUAAACUUUCACUAGUGUCCAAAAGUUCCUGCGGAACUAAGUUUUUUGCUGGCCUGCUCUCGGCAGCACCUGUGCUUCGGUGGAGGCGUGUGAAAUGCCCAACACUUCCGCAACUCCUUUCCAGUCAUAGAAUUUCGGAGUUCUUGCCGGGAUCUGGUGCAAAAUGCUGGCUCCUCUGGGCUUCAGUUGCCCGCGCUGUUUGCUGCUCAGGCGAGUCGGAGGUGGCGGAGGAGGACGCUGGGCCAUCGCUUCCCUGGCCAGGCAAUUGGCCGAUAAAACGCCAAAGGACAUUGUGAUACCCCCAGAGCCCACCACGUGCUGCAUGUCCGGCUGUGCCAAUUGCGUCUGGCUGGACUACGCCCAGACGCUGACCAAACUACUCGACGGCAAUGAUGAGCGUGCCCGUGAGUUAGUCCUUAGCAAGAUCACCGAUCCGAAUCUGAAGAUGUUUCUCAGCCUGGAACUACGCCAAAUGAAGCUGCUGCACGAGGAGAAACCCCAGCCCCCAGCAGCAGGUGCCAACGAGGACACGAACACUCCAAAGACACCCUCAAAGUAGUACAAACAAAAUUUACACCAAAAUUUAUGGUUUUUUUGAUAGUUAGGAAACAUUUCGUAGUAGCUCAAAUUUACUCAUGUACUUAGCGUUUAAGAACAACAAACCUCAUUAUAAGAUCUAAGGGCUGCGAAAGCAAAUAUCAUAAAAA